ACUCAUUAGCACAUCAUCUCCAAUUCGACCGCGAGCGAAUCGUUGGAAGGGAGGGCACUCGGGGAUCGCCCAUGGACGCCUGUGCUCUCAAUCUCAGUAGCGGAGGAGCGGUUCCCCAACUCCGAGCGGCGAGGAAUAAUGUGACGAUGGGAUCAGCCCCGCUCUACUCUUCUGUAGCUGGCUGGGCGAUCGUCGGCGGAGAAGCAUUCUCAAGGAUCAAGGUCCGUGUAUCGGCAAGGGGGCGGAGGUGGAGUCCGAGUUCCAGGUUCCGGUCUGCGGUGGUGAGAUCCGGCAGUGAGAAGAAGAACAACCAUGGAAAUUCCUCUUCUUCAGCAGGGAAAGAUGAUUCUUCAAUCCCUGAAGAAGAUGAUGGUCUUGAUGAAAACUUUGCACACCAUGGGAAACAAGAGUCCAACGAUCCCAUGAUGAAGUCCCAAUCAGCAGGAAAAGGCAACCCUUCAAUCCCUGAAGAAGAGGAUGAUCUUGAUGAAAACUUUCCACACUUUAAGAAACCAAAGCCCAAUGAGCUCACAAGCAAGUCCCAUAAUGAAUUGUGGGGUUGGCGAGAUUUCAGGGCAAAUCUUGUUGCUAGAGAGAAGGAGCAGUUGCACAAUCAUACAUCCUCUAACGAUUCCCCAACAAAAUUGAGUGUAAAGUGGGCACACCCCAUUCCGAUGCCAGAGGAUGGAUGCGUGUUAGUUGCUACAGAAAAGCUCGACCAAGAACCCAACUUUGGGAGAACUGUCAUCCUCCUCCUCAGAUUAGGAACUAAAAAUCCAAGAGACGGCCCCAUUGGAAUCAUCCUAAACCACCAUCUCCAUAUUAAGAUCAAGGACAUGAAUCCCUCGAACACUGAGGUUGCAUCUACGUUUGCCAACUGUACCGUUGAUUAUGGAGGGCCACUCGUGGGCGACUUGUUCUUGAUGAGUUCCCAAGACAGCUCUCUGGUCCCAAGAUUCAAUGAGAUGAUAUCAGGCAUUUGCUUCGGAGACAUGAACAACAUAGUGGAAGUUGCAGCAUUGGUCAAAAAAGGAGUGGUGAAUCCAAAUGAUAUCAGAUUUUUCGUUGGCUACGCCGGUUGGCAUAUCGAUCAGUUGCUGCAAGAAAUCAAGUCUGACUACUGGGUCGUCGCUGCUUGCAGCUCGGGUUUGAUCAAGUCUUCCGCUCACUCUCCAAUUUUGUGGGAAGAGAUUUUGCAGUUGAUGGGAGGGCAAUAUUCUGAUUUGAGCAGAAAGCCAAGACAAGAUGACUAGGGUCAUGAACUCAGGCCGCUAGCCAAAUCGAAAACAAGACCAGGCAAAGGAUGAUAUCCACGGAGACGAUGAGCUUUACAUGGCGCCACCACAGUUUGUAUCCGACGACUGGCUGCGACCGCGGCGGCCUAUUUGAGGUCAAACUCUGCAAGGGUGCAACCUCCAGUUCUUGCUGCAUUGGCAUGUUGAUCAUCACCAUGUCAUCUUCGUCUUCCUCACUUCUUCUUGAAGGUGAAGCAUGGCUCCCCUCGCCGUUGUCA